GGCUGUUGCUGAGGGAGUGGGAAGCGGCAUGCCUUGCCUGACACCCCUCCAUCCAUCUCCUCCCAGACUUCCAACCAAGAACCACGAAGAUGGCUGCGAACAUCCCACUGCCUCAAUCACCUUCACCCUCAACAUCCUCAUCACCAUCACUGCCAAAAGAACCAUUAACAGAAGAGCGAGGAACGACCGAACAACAACAGCAGCAACCAGAAAUAACUGAAAAACCACAGGAAACAGCUGAACAACAACAAGAAACAGCUGAAAACCAUGCUACUCACAUCGAACCAUCACCACCACCACCACCAUCACCCUAUGAGUCAACGCUUCAUUCGAUCAUCCAAGCACUACUACCCAUCGUCUCUGGACAGAAUACCUUACUCUCACUCCAUCAUACUCUCAAUGAACUCUCUCAGAAACCCAAUACCAAGCUAACCGAACAAACCAACCAACUGCUCAACUCACUCAAUGAACGAUUUGAUCAAUUGGAUCGAUUGAAGGUCUGUGAUCCAAGCAGCAACCCAAUCAGCCAACUAAAACUUGAUCAACCACCACCGCCAGAUCCACCAGACAAAAUCGAAAUAGAAGAAAAAGCAUCUCAAGAAAAACAAGCGGCUAUCCAAGCAAUGAAAACCGAACUAGAGACCACUCAAAUCAAACUGAAACAGGAAGAAGAGAAGCGUGCAAAAUCAAUCAGUCUCUUACGGGCCGUGCGACAGAAACUGGUGCAGACCGAAAAGGAUAAGAAUGCAUUGGAGAGCGAAUUGAAUGAGAUGAAUAGCAAUUCGAGUUCCAAGAUCAAAGAGUUACAGAGCGACAAAAGGUCGUUAGAGGAUGAAUUAUCUAAGUUGAAAAUCACACAAGAACAGCAGCUUUCCAAGUUACGACAUUCCUAUGAACGAGAGAACCAGUCGAUCCGGAGCCAAUUUGAGCGAGAGAAGGCCUCAACCAAGUCUCAAUUCGAGCUAGACACGAUCACGGCCAAGGCGGCCUAUGAGCGAGAGCUGACGAACCGGAACCAGAAGAUCGGCCAAUCUGAGGGCAGACUACGGGAGGUAUCAGGAGAACGGGAUCGGCUGUUCGAGCAGCUCCAGAAACGCCAGGCCGAGCUCGAAGACACUCGAGCACAACACGACGAACUCAAAGGGAGCGUGGACGAACUAGAACAUCAACUCAAAGAAUCACAGAAUCGGAUCCAUGUGCUCUGUGAAGAACUAGACCAUCUCCAGAAGCUCAACUCGACCCAGGACUCUCAACAGGGAGGACUACAGACGAUGAUCCAAGAAUUGGAACAGACCCAUCGGAAUAAGACUCAAGCAUUAGAACUCAGGAUCUCUCAGCUGGAGAAGGAACGGAUGGAUGUCGAGAACGAGUUGGGCGAAAGCUUGCGUGAUCGGCUCGCUCAAAUCGAAUCCCUUAGGAACGAGGCGAGACUCAAAAAUAUCGAAUAUGCUGAUAGCCUCAAUAGUACGGCCCAACGUAAUCAGGAAAUCUUGAAAAGUGACGCCGAACGAGAGCUCUUGAAAAAUCAACUGCUUUCUGCUAUUCAAACUCGUGACUCUCAGACUGAUUUAAUCGCUAAUCUUAAACAACAACUGGAAGAACUACAGGAAGAAUGGAAGAAAGAUAAAGAAGAAUUAGGUAAAUUAAGAGUAGAGAUAGAAGAGAGUCAAUUACGAGAGAAAACGCUGAAAGAAUCGAAUCAGAAGUUGAUCGAGAAUGAGAUCAAAAAAGUCGAGGAAGUCAAAGGGCUCUUUCUUCGCGGCAAGAUCGACCAAAAUCCGGAUCUUCGGAGGGAAGGCGUCGGAUAUUUUGCGAACUUCUCGAGGAAACAAUCGGUUCAUCAGGCGACGACUCUAUCUCCUGAGAAAUCUUCUUUCGCUUUGCCGUCUUCUUCUGCUUCUUCGUCAACAGCAGCAACAUCGCCGACUAGGAAUGUAAGGAGGACGAGUGGAGUGGAAGUGCGAGUCGACAGAAAUGAGUCGGAUCUCAAGCAAGAAAGAACAGAUAGUCUCAAUACUCUCGACCAUCAGCUUCCUCCUAAUAACAACCACCAUCAACCUCAACAUGAAAAUCACCAUUCUCUCUCAGUCUCGGACCCCUCUAAUCCGUCUUCUCCAACCAAACAAUCUUCUUCUUCUACGAUUACUACUCUUCAGAAUCAUACAAAGGAUCAUAAUAAUGGGAACGUUAUUGUUAAUGAUCAUCAACAUUAUAACGAUAAUGAGGCGGAAUUGAAUUUCGAAUAUCUUAGGAAUACGUUGUUGCAGUUCUUGGAACAUAAAGAAAUGCGUCCUCAUUUGGUUAGAGUCUUGGGCGUCAUUCUGCAUUUCACUCCACAAGAAAUUCGAAGAUUAGCUUCAAAAGUUUGAUUCUCUUCUCUCAGUAUUUGUUUUUGCAUAUUUUCAUAUUCGCACCAGCUUCUCUCUUCUUCAAUAUAACCUCUUCUUUUUGGUUAUUGUCGAUCUUUCUAUGUGGUUUGAUUUUGCUUUGUUUUUUGUUUGGUUAUUUUGAUCAUCUUCUCAUCCUACAUAUUUACACACUGGGAUGAAUGAUUAUCUUCAUUUUUUUGCUUUGCUUUGUGUUUGUUUUUUUCUUUCACUAUAAAUCAUAUAUAUGUGUAUUCAAUUAUCUAAUUGGGUUGAGUGAAAUGUUCUAUUCUAGAGUGUUUUUUUUGUUCUCUUUGGAUUUCAAAUCUUUUGAUCCUUUUUCAUUUCUUUUUCUUUUGCAUACCACUUAAGUAUGGGUUCAUGUAAAUAGGUGCUGGUUUGUGCAAUUGAUGUUUAUGCAACCAUG